UUUAUUUCUCAAGUACUUAUUUUUAGCGAUAUCACUUUUUACUUUCCACAAUGCUGGAUGAUUUUUAUAUUCAUCAAUGAAAUCGGCCUCAAAUGUCUUAUCAAAUUCGAAAGCCGCGUUGUCCCACAAGUUUAAAAACUUUAAAUAACUUUUAAAAAAAUAAGUAUAGGUAACUCAAACCUUGACCCAGUCACUACUACAGUAUUAAUAUAAUGUACCUACGCAAACGUGUGGUUGACAUCGACAACACCAUAAUACACGCUCAUAUAAAAUUGUCAACAUGUCAGCUGUUGCCAUGUUCAGGGCUUUAAAUACUAAUAAAAUGAUAUAAUUCUUGGAAGGUAUCUUAGACCUUAAUACUUACCUAUAAUCAAAAGUGCAUCAGUACAUCAAUCAUAAAUUAUUCAUUACCAUUUUUUAUACAUUUUUAAAAAGGCGACAGUUAAUAAGUAUAUUAUGUGAUAGAGUGUUUCACUAGUCCACCUCAGUCACUCACUGGUGUCACACACAUUCAGUUGAAUAAUACCUAGGUAGUUAAUAUACAAUUUUAAAAUAAAAUAAAAUUUCAUUUUUUUAAAACAUUAUUUAAACAAUAAAUACACAACGGCAUUAAGAACUUUAAAAAAUAAAAUGUGUUGGGUAAGUAUAACUAUUUACUUUGAUUAAAUUGUACAAUAUAGGUGUGGUACUACGAUCUAUGCAAUUGCAAAUACACAAACUAUCCAGUGGUUAAAAAUUCAAGUCAAUUUCACAGAAUUGUGUAUACCUCUAUUAUAAGUUAUAACAUAACAUCAUAAAUAUCGUAAAAACUAAUUUUCGGAAAAGGUUUGUUAACAUUGACUAUUGUAUAUAUUAUAUGUAGUUUAGCAGUUAUAAGGAAUAUCAGUUUAGUUUAUGCGGUUUAGGAAUAUUUUUUACAGGUGACGAAAAGAUAUAUUACAUCAACAUUGAUAAUUAUGAAUAGUCACGGAAGCAAUAGCGAUAGCAUUUUCAACCUGAAGUUGGCCAAAAUUUUCGGAUUCUAUCAAAUUUUGGACACCGAAACCGUAACAUUUCUAGGCCGUCAUAAUGUUUACUACAGAAUUUUCGUAUUUCUCAUUGUUUACCAAUGUCUCCUUUCGGCGAUAGUGUUCUUAAACGGUUUGUAUUAUCCUGUAAACAACAAUAACAUUAUUCAGGCCAUGUUCUAUUUUGGCUUCGUGGUAAACGUGCUGUACGGGAACUACAAGAUGUACAUCAUACUCAAUCGCUCAAAAGUUAUAUGGGAUUGCUUGUCGAUCACGAAGUUCGACUUCACGUCGUACGGUGUCCAGGGCAGACAUACACUGAACGUUUGGCGAAAUCUUUCCAUUAAAUACACGAACAUAUACGUGAUGUUUUAUUUAACAAUAUCAAUCCUUACUGUAGCGUCUCCAAUGGUAUUUAAUAACUCGUUUAUAAUAAUAAAAAAUCAGGAUGGAUUGUCCAGCGCCUAUCGUCUGGGCCUUGUCAAUUUAUAUUUAUUUAUCUCGGAUGAAACUUACAACUCAUAUUUUUAUGUAUUUCACAUCGUCGAAUCGCUUGGCCUAGUCAUCAAUACGUUAUUUAUCAUUAUUGUUGAUACUAUUGUGAAUACGUUGGCAUUCGCAUUAGCCGGUCAGUUGCAAAUGAUUUCCACUGCGUUCGAAUCGGUCGGACAUAAAUCACUUCACUUCCCGAAUAAUAAUGUUGAUAACAAGAUUAAGUUACCUAAUGAGAAUAUAAAAUAUAUGGAUCACUACAAGGACUUAAAAACACUUAUAAUAGAUCAUCAAAACAUUCUGAAGUAA